CAGAAGUUCCUGGCCAACUGAAAGGUGAACGGUUGCCACAGAAACCAAACUGUGACUUCAGAAACCUGAGCAAUAGGUAGUCAGCAAGCAGGUGGAAAACGUUGUUAGGGUUUGACUGGUUUGGCAACACACGUAUUACUUAAGAUGGAAGGCAGAAAGAAAUUUCUGGAGAAUUUUCGUCUAAAAGCGAAAAAGCCACGUAAAAAGCUGCUUGCCAAACAGCCAAGGAAUCUGGCCACCCGGCGCAGCAUUUCAGUGCCAGACCUGACCUUUACUCCAGGCGAGGCAAAUUCUGCAGAAAGUGAAGUGCUGGCUACCCCCUCUGGUGCUAUCUACUUUGGCAUCUCUCCUGAUCCGAGUGAAUUGGAUUCUGUAGCUAGUAGCUCUAAAAAUGAAGGACCGCCUUUUGCAGACGAACCCACUGACUCACUCUCACUCUUAAGUGCUCUGCCGUCUGAGGAUGCGAUUUACAUGAAGAAUUUAAGUCCAGAGAGCAAAAGGAAUGUUCAUGUAGAAGACAUUUCUGCACAAGAGGAUACAAAACCCAAGGAAAAUGUGCAAAAAUUCAUAUUCAAGCCCAUUAAAGAACCAGACAGCAACCAGGCGGAGAAAGAUGAAGAGCCCCAAACUCGCAGAAAGAUGUCUGACACCAUUGCAGCCAUCCUCAACAGAGCAAGCUCGAUGGGGGACGAAAGACGUCCUCAUGUUGAGAAGAGGACCGUGAUGUUCGAGACAAAAAAGCCGACGUUUGAAAAGCUUACUCUACAAACCAGCCGACCAAACUCUGCAGAAAGGCUGUCCUUACAAGAUGCUCAAUUUGAUGGUACAGAUGCUGAGUCUCUGUAUUCUGCAUGUGGCACUCCCAGUGAGGAGCAAGUCAACAUGCUCUGGGCAACAACCAGGGAGGAGGAAGACAUCGAAGUGUCCCCUUUCGCUCUGCUGAGAGAGAUGUCCAUGGAUGAAGGUCUUCUGGACUUGGAGAACCAGGAUGAGUCCCUAGAGGAGAACUCUGCCGAAGCCUGUGAUGACUUUGAUGACAAUAUUACGGAGCUAGCAGAAGGCGCUGACAUUUUGUUGCCAGGCCCUGAUGUUCAAACACCCUCCCCGUUCCAGAGGUACCUCCUUAGCAUCAACCUAAAGUAUGGUCGCAAUCUGGUCGUCAGAAACAGGCGUUCUGCUACAAGUGAUCCUUAUGUGAAGUUCAAACUUGAAGGGAAGCAGUUCUAUAAAAGCAAAGUGGUUUACAAGGACCUGAAUCCGCGAUGGAAUGAGUCCUUCUCUCAUCCGCUUCGGGACAGAGACCAUGAUGUGGAACUUAGGGUCUAUGAUAAAAAUCUCACAGCCGAUGACUUCAUGGGUUCAAGCACUAUUUCUCUGAAAGACCUUGACUUGCACAAAACACAUGAACUGGAGUUGCGUCUUGAGGACCCUAAGAGCAAAGAAGAUGACAUGGGAGUUAUCGCCGUGGAAGUCCGAUUGCUGUUCCGAGAUGCCACAGUGAAAAGAGGCCCUAGAUUCCGUCCAAAAAAGAAGCAGCAGAACCAGGGCCCAACUCCACGCACUUCUGACCCACCGAAGAAUCAGCUGAAGAACCAGACAUGGACUGGUGUAUUCCAUAUCACCCUGGUGGAGGGACAAGACCUGCCACAGUACGGCCAGGGUGAUGUCUACGUCCGCUUCCGCCUCGGUGAUCAGAAAUACAAAAGCAAGAACCUUUGCAUUCAGCCGAAUCCCCAGUGGAGAGAACAGUUUGACUUCAAUCAAUUUGAAGACAUCCAGGAACCUCUGCAGGUGGAGGUGUUCUCAAAGAGAGGGCGGAAAGGGACAGAGUCGUGGGGGAUGUUUGAGGUUGAUGUAUUGAGGCUUCCUUUAAAUGAAAGACAGCUCUACACUCAUGUGUUGGACCCUGGAAAAGGCAAGCUGGUCUUCCUGGUCACCCUGAGACCCUGCUGGGGUGUCUCCAUUUCUGACACGGAUAACCCCACCUUGGUGAAUCAAGAUGAGAGAGACUCAGUGAUGGAAAGAUUUAGUUUAAAAAACACUCACCAGCAUUUACACGAAGUCGGGUUCCUUCAGGUCAGCGUGCUAAAAGCAAACGAUCUUCCAGCCACAGACAUCAAUGGAAAAAGCAACCCCUUCUGUGUUAUCGAGCUUGGGAACUGCAAACUUCAAACUCACACUGUUAACAGGACAGUCAAUCCGGAGUGGAACAAGACCUUUACAUUCCCAAUAAAGGACAUUCAUGAUGUUGUGGAGGUAACUGUUUUUGAUGAAAAUGGUGACAGAUGCCCAAACCUUUUGGGAAAAAUAGCUAUCCCUUUAUUGACAGUUCAGGACGGUCAGCAGGUGUGUCUGCUCUUGAAGAAAGAAGACCUGGGAAGACCUUAUAAAGGAACAAUCACACUAAUGUUGGAAGUCAUUUAUAACAACGUCAGAGCUGGUGUCAGAACCUUCCAACCAAAGGAGAAAAAAUGUAUCGAGGAAAAUGAGAAGUUCAACAAGAAGAUCCUUGCCAGGAAUAUAUAUCGGGUUCGAAAAAUCAGCACAGCAGUUCUGUACACGUUACAGUACAUUAAAAGCUGUUUUCAGUGGGAGAGCAAGCAACGGAGUCUAAUAGCCUUUCUGAUCUUCCUGGUGACAGUGUGGCAUUGGGAGCUUUUCAUGCUGCCCCUCUUCCUGCUGCUGCUCAUCGGCUGGAACUACAUCCAGUUCUCCAGGGACAAGGCCAGCUCCAACCAGGACCUGGUGAACAUGGCCAUGGGUGACGACGACGAGGAAGACGAAAAGGAACCUGGAAAAAAGGGUUUGAUGGAUAAAAUACAUAUGGUGCAGGAAGUGGUGCUGGUUGUCCAAAAUGUUUUGGAGGAAAUCGCCAACAUCGGGGAGCGAGUCAAGAACAUAUUCAACUGGUCUGUGCCAUUCAUGUCAUGCUUGACCUGCCUGGUGCUGUUUGUGGCUGCAUCACUAUUAUAUAUAAUCCCACUACGGUACAUUGUGCUAGUAUGGGGCGUUAACAAAUUUACCAAGAAACUGCGCAACCCAUAUAGUAUUGACAGUAAUGAAAUACUGGAUUUCCUCCAGAGGGUGCCUUCUGAUGUUCAGAAGGUGCAGUACAGUGUGCUGAGAGCACCCACUGGACAGAACCAGCCACGCAAGAAGAAAUAAGCGCAGUAGACAUGCUGGAUGAAAGGCUGGUCUUCUUUUCUCUGUUCCCCUCUUUUUUAUUUUUUUAUGUUACGUUGCAGUCCACCUGACAACAAUACUCCAGUGCCAGCUGAACCCCUGACCCCGCAUACCCAUACGCACCACCCCAACUCUGUCCCCUGCUGCUGAGGGGCAGCCAGCCGCUCUCUGCCUUGCCACCCCCCUGACAGGGGUUGUGAACUGCAGCAGCUAGGAGGGCAGCACAUGGGGCUGUCAGUCACAGGCUUGGAGGUAAAGAAAAGGGAGCUCUGCAAGGCUCAAGCUUCAUCUUUGAAAAUAAUUUAGAAAAGGAAUGACAGGCAUCAGGUUUGGCUUUUAUUUCUUAUUAUUUUGGUGUAACUGAAAAAUUUGCCUCAAGGUAAAGACAAUACAACCAUAACAAGCAGCUGCAAUAUUUUUAUUCUUCAUCAGUUAAUGUAGUUAAAUGCUAUAUCAUACAGUCACUGAUAAUCAGUUUUAUUACAGAAAAGAGUACUGAAUUUUACAAUUCUAUCUGCUAUAUGAUUUCUCCGUGUAUAAAUUAAUAGUGCUGCAUUUGUUUUUCUUAGAAACAAACAUGUAUUUAUGUUCUGAAUGUGUAUUAAUUCUGCACUUGAGUUUCUCUGAUGUUUUAUGUUCAAUUUAUGUGAAAGUAUUUUGUUUAGAUCGAGUUUGAAUAAAGAAUCUUAAUCAAAUUGAA